AUGGCGAAGGUUCCAUCUCUGAUUGAUCUCUGCAGCGAUGUUCUGGCGGAACAGCUUCUCUGUCCAUUCGACGAUCUUCUUCGUUCCAUUUACCUCCUUCCUUCUCACUUACUCCACGCUUUAAUCCAGCGUUUGCCGCCUAUGGCACUGCGCACACUCCACCAUUACCUGAACAGGAUGCUCAACGAUGAAGACAUUUCGGGCGAUGACUCAACCAUUGAGAGAAAACGCACAGGGGAUUGGAAUCUGAAUUUAGCUUGGGAGAGGCUGUUUCGGCUGCGCUGGCCUGAGAAUAUUGGGCAGAUUCAGCCAACGGAUUGGCAGCAACUUUAUUGGGAAAGUCACGUGCAAAAUUGUUUGGAUGAAGCGGCGGAGAUAGCACUAAUCCCAAUGUUUAGUGGAUGUAUUGCUGACAUACAGAUUUCAGGAUCUGAUCUGGUCCCAUUAGUUGCAUCAUCAAACUGGUUUCCCUCGAUCUCCCAAGGCAAUGGGGCUGUUUUUUGCCCUGCCUAG